ACUGAUAGAGAUGUAUGGAAGAGCAAUACAUACUGUGCCCUCCGUAAGGGAUAAGGGCAAGUGGAUGAUGAUGAUUUUGUUGAGGAAAGAAGCUCGAAAGAAUGCUAACAUCGACAAUGUUGAGAACGACGGAGCUUCCUACACAAAGAAAAAGAUAAAUAAAUAUUGCCAAAGGUGCAAAAAGAAGUGUCAUACGACGGAAACUUGUUGGAGCGAUAAGUAAGACAAAGUAAAGAAAUCUAAUAGAGUAGAAAAGAAUAACAGCGUAACGCCCACAUAUAAGACCAUGUCAGUAACAUCGGCGAACAUAUAAUGUUUGGAUAUGUGUGCAGUUUGAAGAGAUACAACCAGAGUCAGGUAUACUCAAACUAGCAUCUGACUGUCAUACAACCAAAGUCAAAGGCAAAGGCAAAGUAAAGUAAACUUCACGACCAAAUAAAUAAUUUACGUGACACACUAUACGUGCCGAAAUUUUCGACGAAUCUGCUAUCAGUAGCAAAACUUAUAUAUGGUUGCACUGUUAGUUUUGUUAAAAAUAAGCCUACAUUUAAGAUGAAAAUAAUAAAACAAGAGGCUAGAGAGAGUCGCCGAGAUUCACACCGGGCAACCGACGAAAGUUUCGAAAACUAGCGCUUCCAAGGGGGCCUGUAUUUUAAGGCCUCAAAUCGCCUCAUAGCAGACUAGCAGAGACAUAGGAGGCCAAUGGACGGCCUCGCGGUGCAUCGGCGUCUGCUAAGAUUCCGUCGCUGCCAUAGUCGUCCCGGCAGACGCCGCUAGAGGACGCUUACGAGGGCGGAGAGACGCGCUGCAGAGAAUAAGGCGGCGAUACGCAAUGCGGGGAGCAACAUUCGUCAACAUCCGUCGCCCUGACCACACGCAUCCAACUCGUUGAUAUACAUUGUUAAGUCGUUUUAAGUUAUUACCACAUUAAAUACGUUUUGAAACUUCAAAGUGUUUCCAUACCCAAGCAGUCCAUGGUCGGAGCCUAAACAAUUAUUCAUGCUUGACGCUUGAGCAGUUUGGUAUAUGCAGCGAAUCAAGGGCGGAUCCAGCUUUGGUGCCAGGGGGGGGGUCAUAUAGGCGUGAUCAAGUCAAGAGCUUGACUAUGACUAUGUAAAUAUAUUUUGUCACGCGCUUGAGCAAUCAGCUCAGGGGGGGGGGGGUCAUGACCCCUGAAUCCGCUCUUGCAGCGAAUAUGACUUGUCCUCAUUUAGAGAUAGGUCAAAUUCAUCUCCAAAAUAAAAGAGCCGACACACCUGUGUUGUGGAUUAUAAUUAAACGAUAAUUUAAGUAAAAUUAUAGACAUUUUAUUCUAUACACAUCGAAUUAGAAGUGACAAUUAAAAAUAAGUAAAUCAGAGUUGUGUAUAAAUUUAAAAAGGUUAGAUUCAGCAAUCUCCUCACAGCUCUGUGCCUACUUUUAAUGUCUACAUCGGAUUGAUGAGGUUAAAUUGGCUAGAUCGAGGUCCUGGUAAACCCUUGCGAAAGAAAUCAGCCCCCAUUUUUGCCGUCUUGCACACAAAAGUGCCGCGGCAAAAUGGAGAAUCACUGAUGUAGCAUAGCGUUUAAAAUACUAGCUCGAAAUUACUUCCCAUAUUUUGUGCGCAAAGUCGCAUUCUUUUCCCGAGUUAACUACCGAAGUAGUCAAAUCCGCAUCGCAAUUGCUGCGUUAAUAAUUCUUGUUUUAAGUGUUACUGAUGACAGGCGAUUCGUUAACAAGAUUUUUCAUGUGACACCAGACAUAAAAGUCAAUUGGUGUUGACCGGACUUAUUCGCAUUCCUCGCAGGCCGCAGAAUAGGGCCGCCACGUCCUAUCCAACGAUUAAAAAAAAGGCUUUCGAGACAUCGUCUAACGUUGAUACCAUAAUGAGCAGGACAUCCGUCUUGCUGGUACACACAAAUACACACUCGCACACAAUUGCUACAAAGAAACACUAAAAUAUAUAUAUAUUUUUUAAAUGUUUAACUAUUAAACAUAAGCAACACGUAAUGUAUGCUAUGGAAGGGAACAUUCUGACACAAUUGUUUUACUUACAAGAAUGUCCCAGCAACUUUCUUGUAAAAAAAAUGUGUAAUUAUUAUCAUGUUUUGUCUUGUAGCCAAAGACAUUUGAUAGAGAAACGUCGGUUUGUCCCUUUUUGGUUGCUUUUGAUUGGGGUUUGUGUGGACUUUGUCACUCUGAAAAUGUUUAUUAUGGUAGUUAAUUAUGCCAGUUUGAUUGAAUUUAGAUUCUUCGUACCAUAGAAUUUUUAUAAAAAACCAGUGUUUUAUCGUUUUUACAACUCAAGACCAUAAAGUCAAUUAAUAUUUUUUUAUCAAAUUAAAAAUAAUGAUUGGACGAUAAGCUUACGUCGUUUCUAAAUAUUUUUAAAACGUUUUCAAGCCGAAAAGGUCACAGUUAUGGUUUUAAAAAAUAUAUUUUAUGAAACAUAUGUGGUAAGGAAUAAUAAUUUUGCCCUGUUUCCAUACGCAUUAAAACUAUAAGUUAAGACCAUAGUCAACCACACCGGCCGAGUGCGGAAUUUUUUUGGUUGUCAUAAUGGCACCCUCUUGUUCUCCUAACACAUUUUUUUGGUCACAGACUUGAGAUUCGGGUGUUUCUUUAUUUCCUUUUUCACAAGUUAUAUUUUUAAAAUCUUGUACUAAGUCACAGUUUUUUUUGUGACUGAGUGGCCACAGUUUGCCUUGCAGAGGCAUUUACAGAUUCACCGGGCUUGAGGUGGCCGAGCACAGAUGGCGCUUAUCCUAAACCUCGUUAAAAUCACAGUGCAUGUCCCAAUUUCUUAGACUAAUUUAAAAAAGAUUAAAACUUAAAAAUGCAAUUGAAAGUCAUACAUUUUGACUAAACCAAAAUAGAAUAGAAAUAUGGUAAAUAUUUUGUUUUUGACCGACUUUCCAGAAGAAGGAGGUACUCAAUUCGUCUGUUGUUUUUUUGUGUGUGGUAUUACAUUUCAGUUACUGGCGGUAUUGUCGCCAGUGUUAGCGGGGAACGGUGAUGUGUCCUCAUUCCAGCUACUUGCUCGACUGUCAUUCCCGACAGUUGAAACGAAACCAUACAAUUUGCCGAGUGUGAAAGAGAUUGACCCGCGGCACAGCUAUGCUGAUGAAAAGUUCGAGAGGCUGCAGGAGUAUUAUAGCUAUAUGAACAGCCGCAUCAAGGAGCCGCACAACCCGAUAGAGCGACGUGAGAUUCUGGAGACGGCACAAAAGAGACUAUUCACUUUCAUAGACACGCACAUAAAAGAUUUAAAACGACUGCUCUUCGAAACCGAUAUGGCACUAAUGUCUAUGGUACUACUCAAACUCAAUAAGAAAAUGGACACUUCCGAAGCGAAAAUAAAAUCAACACAGGCUAAAAUACCUUUCGGGUUAUACGCCAGUCCUGAGUUCAAAUGCUUAGGGACAUCGUAUUACAUAGCUUCAGCUCAUAACCAAGAGGACGCCCAAAUGAUAUUGUCAAGCGAAAGGAAACCACAUUGCUAUACAUUUAGAGGUGCAUUCGCUUUCUCUGGUUUCUAUCAUCGUCAUUCUGAGACGACUUACGUUGGUCCGCACGCGGAACAGUUCCAGGCUAAGGACCCCAGCCAGGGUCUGUACUGCCACUCCGAUGAUAACUGGAGUGACGCACAGUGCAUAUAUAAAAUAAACCCUCGCGAAGAGUUUCCGGAGUCAGUGGAAUACGAGCCUAAAGUGUCGUACUGGUGUGGACCGUAUCGUUACUUCUUACCCGCGACCACCGAUGUUAGAUGCAUUUUCUCUAUUUUCUCUAUGAAUUUUAUACUACGCUUCGGAUAUGACGGGGUUAAUUACAAGAGUUCGGAUCUAUCGUUUAUGUACCAGAACGGGCAGGUGUUCUACACGGACGAGCCGUGGGCCGGCAUGUCCUGCUGGAACUGGGCCUGCAAGUGGCGACAUAACCAAAACCAGCGAUCGAAUGAAUUCUUUAUCAAUUAAAUAUAUAAAAAAAA